AUGGCGAUUGUGUCUGGCUCGUGCGCGCUGGUGAACGGCUCCAGAAACGGGCCCUCCGUGCCAGCGGCUCCCCCCGGGCCUGCCGGGCAGUCUCAGCCCAUGAUAGCAGUGUGGGAAUGGCAGGACGACCAGGGCUACUGGCGGCCCUACAGCGGCCAGGUGAGCGCCCACAUCGAGCGCUGCGUGUCCCGGCGCGGGCCCCGACUCGGAGCCGGCUCGACGAGCAUCUGCCUCGGACAGUCCGACCCCAGCCUGUCGCCGUACCUCAUCGACAUACCGACCCUGAAACAGUUCCGACAGGACACAGGAACGACCCGGUCAGUUCGGCGCUCCCUGUUCGCUCAGUCUUCGGGCCUGGGCAGCGGCGUUUACUGGGAAUGGGCCAACGAUGAAGGAGGCUGGACUCCGUAUGAAACUCGGACCUCGAUCCUUUUGGAGCACAGCUAUCAGGCCCGCCAAGGCACGGCGGACUUGGGCCCUCACGGAUACAAUUACAUAGUGGAUCUCACCUCUUUGGCCCAGGUUAACAAAGCCACGGGCUUCAGGCGCCAGGUGCGGCGGCAGUGCAACCUCCCCUACCCGCUGGCCUCCGCUGGCCCCCCAGCCAUCCCGUCGGCCCCCGCCUGCUCCUGCCAGCAGUGUUUGAGCCACAGCAGCACAGGACCCAUGCCCAGCCGUUCACGACAUUCCUUUUCGUCGGGGAGUCUGACCCGGCCGAGCCUCCAGGGGACCGGGAGGGUUGCUGCGGCUCACCCUGCUUCUGUUUACUCGCCGUACCCCAGGAGACCCCUCUCUGUGGGGGGAAUGUCCUGGGGCAGCCCCUGGCCUCCCCCAGCCUCUGCCAGUCAAAUCUCUGCACCUCAUCUGAGCAGCUCCACAAGUUCCAACGGGUUAAGCGUUCCUUCCAUCUCCGUGCAGCUGAACGGGUCCACCAGCGUGAGCUCUGCCCUGGCAGGCAUGGCCUCCAUUUUGAUGUCAGCAGUGGGACUCGGCGUGCACUUCACCUCCGCCCCCCUCCCUCAGCAGCAGCAGCCCCAGCAGCAGCCGCCGCCUGCUCCUUUCGCUCUUCCUCCUCCUCCUCCUCUCCUCCCCUCAGCCAGCAGGCCCAACAAGCCUCAGAGCAGCAGCAGCAGUUCAGUUAGGAGAGCAAAGAGGCAGCACAGGAGAGCUCCGUCUCAGAGGUCAGAGGAGGUGAUUCAGCGCUACAUGGAGGUGGUCGCUGAAGCUCCAAACGAGGACUGCAUCAUCUGUAUGGACCAGCUGUCCAGUCCGUCCAGCUACGAGACGCCGUCGUCCUCAGAGGAGGGAGGGCAGAGCAUCGUGCCAGGCGCCGUGGGGAAAUUCAUCAAAUGUGGCCACACCCUGCACAUGCUCUGCAUGCUGGCCAUGUACAACAACGGAACCAAGGACGGCAGCCUGCAGUGUCCCUCCUGCAAGACCAUCUACGGAGAGAAGACCGGCACGCAGCCCAAAGGCAAGAUGGAGAUUUACAGCAUCGUCCAGUCGCUGCCGGGACACCCGGACUGCGGCACCAUCCAGAUCAUCUACAGCAUCCCUCCUGGUAUCCAGGGCCUGGAGCAUCCGAACCCCGGGCAGCCGUUCACCUGCAGAGGCUUCCCUCGCUUCUGCUUCCUCCCCGACAACGACAAGGGCAGGAAGGUUCUGGAGCUGCUGAAGGUGGCGUGGAUGCGUCGGCUCAUCUUCACCGUGGGGACGUCCAGCACCACCGGAGAGCCCGACACGGUGGUGUGGAACGGCAUCCACCACAAAACAGAGAUGAUGUCCAACCUGUCGGGCCACGGCUACCCCGACCCCAACUACCUGGACAACGUUCUGUCCGAGCUGGCCUCGCAGGGCGUGACCGAGGACUGCCUCGGACCUCCAGCAAGCAGCAGCUAGGUCCAGAAUCCCUCAAACCUCCAGGUCGCCCGCCAGAACCAGCAAGGUUUACGCUCGUGUGUGUGGAGGCCGUCAUACGUCAUGUUUCUGCGCCUCCCGUGUUCCAGGAGACCGAUCCGUUUCAUCAGACCUCGUCAGGAUCCAUCGGCGUGAGAAGAGGGGCCAACUCUGGGAACGAAGCACUUUAGCUCUGACGGUGCAUUCUGCUGACGGAACGUGUGAUUUUUGUUUUUGUGUUUCACUUUCCCCACUCAGUACAGGGCAGUUAGCUUGUUUUACCGUUAGGAGCGCGGCUACAGCGAAGCUUCGAGUAGCAGCACUCAGUUUAUGUGAACAUAAUCGAUGAGAAGAGGCAAUACUUUCCUGUAAAUAAAUGAAUGCAUCAAAACUAUGAACAAACGUCAUAGUUUGUUUUUUUACAUGUAUCACGUUUGAUUUAACCAUGUUUAACUCCUAAGCAUUCUGCAGCUGAUGAGUUUACACCAGAACUGGAUUAACGAAUCCAGUUACUGUAUCGAUACGAAGCACUGCGGUGGGAAAAAAAAAAACUGCUUCAGUUUUGACAAUCGGUCGUUAAAGUCGUCUCGAAACGAGACGUGAUUCUGCAGCGAACGCGUUCCUGGAGGUGAGACCUCCUGUCGUCCCAUCUGCUCAGCUCAGACUCAACAUCUGUACGAACGACUGGAAAAUAAACAUC